AUGUCGUUGCUGUUACUGCCUCAACCUUCCGCUACCCUCUCUCCGGUCACCGCCUCCGCCGUCGCACGCAAACCUUUCGCCACUGUCACGCCUCCACGCCGGAGAACGCUCACUCCAAAAGCUGCAAUUUCAAUCUCUCCCCCAACAACAUCACCCAAUGCAAUCCCUACGAAGAAGGUUCUGGUUCCCAUUGGUUUUGGCACCGAAGAAAUGGAGGCCGUUAUCAUGAUUCACGUCCUGCGCCGCGCCGGGGCUGACGUCACCGUCGCCUCCGUGGAACCGCAGCUCCAAGUCCAGGCCGCCGGAGGCACCAAACUGGUCGCGGACACUGACAUUUCCGCCUGUUCCGAUGCAGUUUUUGACCUCGUUGCUUUACCCGGAGGAAUGCCUGGCUCUGCAAGACUUCGGGAUUGUAAAGUUCUGCAAAAAAUUACGAGCAAACAAGCUGAGGAAAACAGGCUCUACGGUGCUAUCUGUGCUGCUCCUGCUGUGACCCUAUUGCCAUGGGGCCUUUUGAAGAAAAAAAAGGUGCUUUGCUUAACUUGGAUUUUAGUAGAAUCAAUAUUUAGUGCGAUGGCUCUAAGUUACUAUGGCUCUAAGUUACUGUUGCCAAACUAA